AAAUAUUUAAGUUGGUUGAAGAUAUUGGAUAGUGAAAUUGUUGUGAUUGUUUGUUCGUGUUGCUUACGAAACGUUGGCGAUCCAAUUGAUGCUCGCAAUAUGUCAGCUACUGAUCAAAUCCGUGCCCUUUUGGAUGAAUAUAUGGGAACAACCCGAAACGGACAAGAACCAAGAAUAGAGUUUGAUAAUCCUCGCGUCUGUAAAAGUUAUCUACUGGAUUGUUGUCCAAAUGAAAUAUUAUCUGGAACGCGAAUGGACUUGGGAAACUGCCUUUUCAUACAUGACCCUGCUCAUAAGGCAGAUUACCGCAAAGAACCAGACACGAAAAAAUUUCAGUAUGAGCUCGAUGCACUAGAGCAUUUAGAGGCAUUCAUACGGGACUGCGACCAACGUACAGAUGUUGCGAAAGCAAAGCUGCGGGAGACUCAGGAGGAAUUAACAGAUGAAGCUUCUCAAAAGGCUGAACACAUAAAUCAACUAAGCGAGCAAAUAGGAACAAAGCUAGCUAAGGCUGAACAGCUUGGGGCGGAUGGUCAUGUUGAGGAGUCUUUGAAACUUAUGAAGGAGGUUGAAGAAUUAAACUUAGAAAAAGCUAAAAGCGAAGCAGAUUUACGGACUGCAAUACCAACAAGCACCUACCAGCAACAAAAGCUUCGAGUUUGUGAAGUUUGCUCUGCUUAUCUUGGCGUGCACGACAACGACCGUCGACUCGCUGACCACUUUGGGGGAAAGUUGCAUCUAGGUUUUAUUGAGAUUCGCCAAAAGUUAGAUGAACUGAGGCAGUAUGUAAACGAAAAUCAUAUCGUUCGUAGGCGCAGGUUUGAAGGAUACAACCGCUCCCUUUUUAUCACAGUGGAGGAAAGACGUGAAAAAGAGCGUAUUCGCGAACGCGAACGUGAGCUAGAAAAAAACGAACGUCGUCAAAAAUCCAGAAGUCAUAGUCGUUCACGGAGUCGCUCUCAUAGUCGGAGGCAUAGUCGUCAUCGUAAUGGAAAACAUUCCCACAGAAGUAGGAAGCGACACCAUCGUUCUUCGAAUCGAAAAAGUGAGGAUCGUCACUGACAGAUAUUUUAACUCUUGUAUCAUAUUAUUUCCGAUUCCUAACCUGUAUUUAUUUUUUCUUUAAUGCAUUAUCCCAGUAAACUUGUUUCUGUGAUCUGCAUUCAGCUUUAUCUUACGCGUUCAGUGUUUUAUACUAUCUAUUUAAAAUAAUUUUCCAUUCAGUGUUUAUUGACAUUGUGGAAAUAGCAACCCAUGUAGGCGAAUAUGUGUAUAUACCAAACUGAUUUGAUUUAAAGUCAUACACCACUUCAAUCCUGUGACACCAGUCUUUGGGGAUCGGUUGGGUUCGCAAUAUAAUAUAGGCCGCCGCCACUUUUUUCUUCUGAGUUACAGAUAGGUCGCAGAAAUUUAUGCCGAUUUAUUAGGGAAUCAAUAAUGUGUAAGCAGCAAGUGUCUAGUCACACGCCGUGUGAUGUAAUCAGGUAUAGUUAUACUGUUGACUAGCCCUUGUGUCGGGAUAGCACUCAGCUGUCCGAACUGAAGUAAUAAAGCAGACCUCAUUUUUUCCAUAGGUGGUGCCGACAGCAAGUUUUGUAGAGGUAUGGGUCAUAUCAUAUGCGGUACAGAAUUUUCCUGAAGAGGAGCCCAUGAUUAACAUUUCCAACGCGGCAAGGUAUCAGAUUAGCAGGGUAUUCAGUGUCACAUGUUUCUUCUUCAGGCCAAUUCGGGAAGGUCCGCUCAACAAGAACUCCGAACAUGUCACACAAACAGACCUAGCAAUGCUGAGCCAACUACCACGCGCUGACGACCCCUGCAAAGACUUGGACUGAAUUUCCCUUGAGUGAAAUUAAUUGUCAUGUUGGGAACUGUAUUGUUCCCUGAUGGUCCUAAUGUCUAUCACAACUGGAUUCCACAGCAUUCCCACUGACACAGUGAGUUUUAACUAGGAACACCUCAUUUGUCUUCCUUACAAAUAUGGGGGUCCUCUGUUUUCGAUUGUGAAGACGUUUACUUCAACCCUAAGUUUGCCCUCAAUAAAUAGAGUAACAGGACGAGUUGGCUGAGUCACCUUAUUUCAUCUCAGUGGUGCUGACUAAUGAGUGAGUAACGUCACGGUAAAGAGGAAAAAUCAGUACGAACUAUCCGCGUUGUUGACUACAUUUGGUACAAACGGGGUGUUUUUUUACUGGUCAGCGAACGAUUACAUUCCUUACCAUUCUUUCCUAUAUCAUUUAGAGCCUGCUGUGAGCUUUUGUAAAUAAUCUUAGAUCACCCGUACUUACUGAGAAUUGUUUUUGAAUUUAUGCUCGCUUCCGGUGAGGUCGAGUAAUUGGUCUAGAGAUUGUAAGGAAAGUGUUACGCGGAAAUCGUCGGUCCUUUUUAAGUACUCAUUAACUUGGGUGGUCAGAACGUGUUUUGUGUAUGCUCACAUAGUACGUAUGCAAUUACGUUAGGAUGGUUAUUAAGAAACGAAUACAACCCACUGAUUCUCGGGUAAUAUGCUCAGCUUUAAGCCACACUAUUUGGCAAUGCAUCUGGACGUAGGGGUGAGGGCCCGACGCUUCGCACACUGACCCACCAUCUUGGCACAAAAUAUCUAGAAGGCGGACUGCCAGGUCACAAGAUGUCUAUAGGGUUACUGACGCUUAAACUAAAUUGUACAGAUUAGCUCAAGGCUGUGGAUUCACAAUACAAUCUCUUAAUUCUAUGUUUUGCCUAUUACUGCUGGUGGUCCACUUGCAUGGAUUUCAUCCUCAACUGAAGCGAAGUCACACGAAUUAACAGACACAUAUGUGUUACUGUUUAUGUAUUUUGUCCUGUAGGAACUACUAGCACUUAAAUCUUCCUAAAGUUCAUAGGUGUUGUUAAGGUGUGAUUUGAUAAUUUCAAAUAAAUUGAGUAUUGGGUAGAUUUUUAUAAAUAAAAGUAUGCAUGGAGUAUCCCAAUGAGUAGAAAAACUAAGUUUAAAUAUUAUUUAAACAUGGGUUAAUUUAAUCUGUCUAUUCAUCCUCUGAAGUGACUUGUGCCGAGCCAUGAAACGUCAGGAAAUCUAAGAACUUAAAUUUUCUACUCUUUGGGAUAUUACUUUCUGUGCUCAGUCAUUUAGUGUGUCUAUUCAUACGUACCAUUCUAUUCACUCUCCUCGAACGAUUUGUUAAACAUUUGGUCCUUUCCACUAUCAAUGUCUUCACGAUUACUUCGAUUCAAGUGAUAUUCAUCUUACCAACCCUAUUUCAGUGCUGGUGUAGUAUGACAACUUCAGCUAACGUCAAUGCCAGAGUUUGUGUAGUUUAUGACUGUUUGAGUUGACUUUCGCCGUGUCAACUUAGCGAAAUUCGUGGGCAGUUAGGCUGGAGGUGUAAAUUUGGCGAAUAUACCUAAACGAAGAUAUAUGUAAUGAAUACGAACAGUUGAGCCGAAUCAUCAGUAGACAAAAAUGCGAUCUAUGUAGUUCCAUCAUUAGAUGAUCAUUGUCAAUACUAAACGGUGCACGUAGUCAUUGAAGCAAGACUUUAGAAAAAUAUGGUCAGAUUUUAGGAUUGAAGUAAGAAAUAUAUGACAAAGCUACUUCUCGACAUUGUAGACGGGAUUACAAAUAGAUAUGGACAUAUUUAUAUUGAAAUAUAAGUGUUCUUGACAAGUAUAUGUGUGAUCAGAUUG